AAACUUCUAAAAAGUUUUACUUAUUGUAUAUACCCCAUUCUUAUAUAUACAUAUUUAUGAUUAUAAUUCCGUAUAAUUAUAAUUUUUGAAAGUUCUCAAGGAAGAUAGCACACUAUAUCCAGGAAGCAUCCCAAAUGAAUCAUUUCCUCUUCGGACAUUCGUAGAAUUCAAUAAUAGGCUAACUAAGAAAAACAUUUGUGUGACACUAAGAUAUAUGUAUUGGUUACUGUCUGGCUCGUCAGAAGAAGUAAUGCGAUCGGAUUUAGAUGGAAAAAACAUGAAAACUCUUAGAAAAGACAAUAAAUGCUUUCGUAACGAACUACAUCUAGAGUCCUACUGGACCUUACAGACUGAUACAACAAAUAUUGAGCCGCUAUUAUAUUGGAGUGGUUUCAAUGGCUUUGUCAUAACAGAUAUUGAUGGUUGUAAAUAUUACAAGAUUUCAAACUUUAGAGAUAUAGACAAUUACAAAUAUUUAACGUUUGACAAAACAAACAUUUACUUGUACAAUGAAUACGAAAACGUAAUUUACAUUUUUAAAAAAAUAUAUCCUCUUUUCGAAUACAAAGAACAUAAAUUGGAAUAUGUACGUAGAAUACGUUACCGAGAAAAUGUUGCUUAUCUCAAUAAAUUUAUAUCACUUGAUAAAACUUUACAAACAUAUCCCCAGACGAAAUGUUUGAUACCUAACAUGAGAAAUUAUCGUAUUGAAGUAUUGAAUAAAACCAUACACAGUAUCAAUGUAAGCCUUCCAGAACCGAUUCUCAAUGACGGAUGCGAAAAGUACAACUUACCAACUACUAUAUAUAACAUCUCCAGAAGUUAUUUAACAUGUUUGGACAAUGGCAGUAACAAGUUCGAGCAAUUCAAUGUGACGACAUACGAACGGCAUUACGAAUUCAAGAAUUUAAUGCCGUUCACAGAAUAUACGCUGAAGCUAGCACUGAGCAAUUUUUACGUCCGCAAGUUAUCAAUGGACUUGCAAUUCGGCUCGGAUGUGAAAGUGAUAACUACCGGAAAGCUCGACAUGCCAGAAGAUGUGACGGUUCAAGUUUUAACGCCAACGUUAGCGAUAGUUUAUUGGAUGCCAUCCAAGAAAUUAAACUGCGUGACAGUGACCUACGAGGUGCAUUGGAUGCAAUUUUCAAAUAAAACGCAAGAAAUAAUACAAAAAUCUCCCAUCACAAAACUUAUCGAUACGCUCGAACGUACAACAGAUGGAAAGCUUUUCACGACAAUCGGGUCGCUGCUGUCAAAACAUAAUUAUCAGAUAUAUGUGCGUGUAUAUCCAUACAAUUUUAGUCAAUUCUUCACUGACAGUUUAAACAAAACAAUCUACAUGUCAGAACCGAAUAUAAGUUUAAUCGGAGUCAGUACAAAUAGUAUGAAUAUCUCAUGGAUUUCUGGCGUCAAUUUGACGAUGCACACGAAAUUCCGUCCCAUACUGGAAUACAAAAACGAUGUGAUGUGGGAGUGGCAAAUGGCAAAUAUCAGUGAAAGAAAUAAUAAUAAAAUAAUAUAUUAUAUAAAUUUAUUGCCGCAAACUCUAUACAAUUUCCGUUUGAUCCUGAAAUACCCCGAAUACAUGGACGACUUUGUAUGGCCUGAAAAAGGAUUUAGAUUUGAAACGCAUGGUAAUGUACCAAGUGCUCCUGGGAGACCCAUUGUAACAAAACUUCCAAAUUUGACGUAUCAAUUAAACUGGGAACAUGCGCAAGCUCAUGAUUCACCAGUGAUUUUGUAUCGACUGGAGGGUUUAAUUGUCGAAAAUAAUGACAAAGAAGUCAAUCAAACCGACAAAAUCAAUCAUUGGAAUUUAUACUAUAAUGGAACAAAUAAUUAUUGCUGGAUAACGACGAAAGAAAUGAAUCAGAAAUAUCUUUUUCGUGUGCAGGCUACAAAUACUUAUGGUUCUGGGAAAUGGAGCGGCGAAUCAAGAGUCGUUGAUUUAACAUCAAAUCUGAAAUCUAAUAAGAACGAAAUAUUAACUGUGCAAUACGUAACGUUAAUAUUAAGCAUUGUCGCUACCAUCGUAAUCUAUAAUGUUUACUACUUUUACUGCUGUGAGCACUGGCAACGCAAAAAAAAAAAAAAUAAUUACGCAUUCAAUAAUCAAUAUGAAUCAACAACCGCGAACGAAACAUCUUUCGUAAACUAUGAACUCCACUCUGUGCACGAUCCUAAAUUGCAAAGUGAUAUCGACGAAUUUGCAAAUAUAAUAAUCGAUAAAAAGCAAAUCACCUUAGGAAAUCUUCUAGGCAGCGGUGCAUUUGGAGAGGUACAUCAAGGAAUUGUCAAAAAUGGAGAAGUUUCGGAAAUAAUGCCUGUCGCCAUUAAGAUGCUACGAAAUGCUACCUGGCAAAAGAAACAAGAAUUCUUGGAAGAGGCUAAAAUUAUGAAAGAAUUUGACCACAAACAUGUGCUAAGAUUGUUGGGCAUCUGUAUUACCGAGGAUCAACCAUGGCUGAUAUUGGAAUUAAUGGAAGUUGGUGACUUACUGAAAUAUUUGAGAGAGACUCGAACAUUGCAUCCGGAAGAUCCGCACGCCCUGCGUCUACAAGAUUUGCUUGCUAUGUGCGAAGAUGUUGCUCGAGGUUGUCGCUAUUUAGAAGAACAGCACUAUGUGCAUAGAGAUCUCGCUUGUCGAAAUUGCUUAAUAUCCUCGAGAAAUCGUGAAAACCGUGUUGUGAAAAUCAGCGACUUCGGACUAGCUAAAGAUGUUUACAUCAAAGACUAUUAUCGUACGGGAGGAGAAGGCCUGCUUCCUUUUCGUUGGAUGGCACCGGAAUCUUUGAUAGACCGAAUAUUUACUUCACAAAGCGAUGUUUGGUCAUUCGGGGUACUAAUGUGGGAAAUUACAUCGUUGGGACAACAUCCCUAUGCUGCCUUAUAUAGUUUUAAUGAAGUAAAGGAGUAUGUGUGUGCAGGGAAAAAGUUAUCCAAAUCCUAUCACUGUCCAGAGAAAUUAUACGAUUUGAUGCUAAAUUGCUGGAAUGCGGCAAAUGAUAGACCAAAUUUCAUGAGUUGUCUCGAAACUAUUGUAACCUUAAGAAACGAAAUAGAAGACACAAUCCUGCAUUCAUCUCCGCCUUCUGAAUAUCGUCCGACAGCGGAUUUUCUCUGAAGCACAGCCAAUCGUAUUUGUAUUUUUGAACUUUUAACUGCGAAUCAUGCUUCAAACAAUAUCAUAUAGACAUAAUUAGUUUUUUGUAUGAACAAUUUUUGAGAUCUUUGAUCGUCGUUAAUAACACUGUUCAGUAAAAAAAACACCGGUACGAGACUAGAUGUUUCUUAUAGUAUUUUUGACGCUGAACACGAAUCUGUCUUAAAAAUUGCUCCAUCACGGCACAAUUUAAAAAAAUUGCAAUUGUAAGAAAGUGCUAUUUUUUCGAAUUUUGUCAUAUUAUAACUACAAUAUAUGUGACGUACUAAAGAAGUUUUCUUGCCAUCAUACAAAGUAUGUUGACAAUUGAUUUUGUAUUCAUUGUUAGUGACCUAAAAGACCUUUAAGAAUAAAUAAACAUAUUUUAAAACUG